AAGUCGCCAGAGGAAGCUGUCAGCCAUCUUUUGUGUGGCAUCAUUUCUGGUUUCUCUUUGCCCAUUCUUUGUCAUGCCGAAGCAGUUCACUCUUUCUACUGAAUUUACGCAAGCACUACAGACUCCCCCUUCCUUAUACAGCCUCUAUUUGAAGAAGGAAGAAAAAUGCAAGUGUUUCCCGCUUCCGCCCUUCUUGACGUGGCGGCUCCCUGAAGACUUCCGGUUUCCCGGCAGGCCCGGUAGGGGCUGAACUUCCGGCCUCACGACGCAGGCGCGGGCCGCAGUUUUCGCUCUCUCUGGCUGUGUUCGUGAGUGCCGCAGCCAUGUCUUAUCCCGCUGAUGAUUACGAGUCCGAGGCUGCUUAUGAUCCCUAUGCUUACCCAGGCGACUAUGACAUGCACACAGGAGAUCCAAAGCAGGAUCUGGCUUAUGAACGUCAGUAUGAACAGCAGACCUAUCAGGUGAUCCCUGAAGUGAUCAAAAACUUCAUCCAGUAUUUCCACAAAACCGUCUCAGAUUUGAUUGACCAGAAGGUGUAUGAGCUGCAGGCCAGUCGCGUGUCCAGCGACGUCAUUGACCAGAAGGUGUAUGAGAUCCAAGACAUCUAUGAGAACAGCUGGACCAAGUUGACUGAAAGAUUCUUCAAGAAUACACCCUGGCCUGAGGCUGAAGCCAUUGCUCCACAGGUUGGAAACGAUGCUGUCUUCCUGAUUUUGUACAAAGAAUUAUACUACAGGCACAUAUAUGCCAAAGUCAGUGGAGGGCCCUCCUUGGAGCAGAGAUUUGAAUCCUACUACAACUACUGCAAUCUCUUCAACUACAUUCUUAAUGCCGAUGGUCCUGCUCCCCUUGAACUACCCAACCAGUGGCUCUGGGAUAUCAUUGAUGAGUUCAUCUAUCAGUUUCAGUCGUUCAGUCAGUACCGCUGUAAGACCGCCAAGAAGUCAGAGGAGGAGAUUGACUUCCUUCGUUCCAAUCCCAAAAUCUGGAACGUUCACAGCGUCCUCAAUGUCCUUCACUCCCUAGUAGACAAGUCGAACAUUAACCGGCAGCUGGAGGUGUACACGAGCGGAGGUGACCCCGAGAGUGUGGCCGGGGAGUAUGGACGGCACUCCCUUUACAAGAUGCUUGGGUAUUUCAGCCUGGUGGGGCUCCUGCGUCUGCACUCCCUGUUGGGGGAUUACUACCAGGCCAUCAAGGUGCUGGAGAAUAUCGAACUGAAUAAGAAGAGCAUGUACUCUCGUGUGCCCGAGUGCCAGGUGACCACUUACUACUACGUCGGUUUUGCCUAUUUGAUGAUGCGUCGCUACCAGGAUGCCAUCCGGGUCUUUGCCAACAUCCUCCUCUACAUCCAGAGGACCAAGAGCAUGUUCCAGAGGACCACAUACAAGUAUGAGAUGAUUAACAAGCAGAACGAGCAGAUGCACGCGCUGCUGGCCAUCGCGCUCACCAUGUACCCCAUGCGAAUUGACGAGAGCAUUCACCUCCAGCUGCGGGAGAAAUACGGGGACAAGAUGCUGCGCAUGCAGAAAGGUGACCCGCAGGUCUAUGAGGAGCUCUUCAGCUACUCGUGCCCCAAAUUCCUGUCGCCUGUGGUGCCCAACUACGACAACGUGCACCCGAACUACCACAAGGAGCCCUUCCUGCAGCAGCUGAAGGUGUUCGCCGAUGAAGUGCAGCAGCAGGCCCAGCUCUCAACCAUCCGCAGCUUCCUCAAGCUCUACACCACCAUGCCCGUGGCCAAGCUGGCCGGCUUCCUGGACCUCACGGAACAGGAGUUCCGUAUCCAGCUCCUCGUCUUCAAACACAAGAUGAAGAACCUGGUGUGGACCAGUGGCAUCUCUGCCCUGGACGGCGAGUUUCAGUCGGCCUCUGAGGUGGACUUCUACAUUGAUAAGGACAUGAUCCACAUCGCAGACACCAAGGUUGCCAGGCGCUAUGGGGAUUUCUUCAUCCGGCAGAUUCACAAAUUUGAGGAGCUCAAUCGAACUCUGAAGAAGAUGGGACAGAGACCCUGAGUACUUUCACACUGUUCUUAGUCAGGAACCUACUCUGAUGUCUUUGUAGGUGGGGUGUAUUUUUGUCACCGUGAAGCCUUUACCUGGAUCGGCCAUCAGUUGUUCAGCUGAGUUGAAGUUUAUUUGAAUUCAGGACUGAAAUGUUUUAAAUAGGCCUCAGUAAAAGAUCUUCUUUGGA